AUGACUUGUGCUAUGAAUUCCUUGCCAUUAUCCAAUUGUAAUAUAGUCAGGGUGAUCCAAUCAUGUGAAAAAGCUUCUGGUUUAUUUAGUUUAUCAGCUUCUGGUUUAUCUAUUGGUUCAUCUGGUUUAUCAGCUUCUGGUUCAUCUAUUGAUUCAUCUGGUUUAUCAGUUUCUGGUUCAUUUAUUGAUUCAUCUGGUUUAGUUUCAGGUUUUUCAGUUUCUGGUUUAUUAUCUGGGUUGGGUUCUGGUGAUUUAUUUUGUAUAUUUUGA